AAGCUUUUGCAGAGCAUCCAUCGCGAGGAUUCUUCAAGCAAAGGUAAGAAAAAGCAGAUUCCUCUACAGAGAAUAAUGCGCGCAUAGAAAAGCAUACCAGUUAGCAUUCACAUCCUCAAAGGGGGAAUUGGGCUCCAACAGCAGCUGAAGCAUGAGUUCCAACAACAAUACCUUGAUAUACCCACGGGGUUGGAGGAAUGGUAACGAGCAUGGAUCUUCGCAGUCGCCGGAACACGACCGCCGUCCGAUCUGGCGGCCUAGCGUUCCUCAUACCCUGAUCCGACGGCCGGAAGAAGACCUGUACAAUCCAUGGAGAUUGUUCGAGGAAAGAGUGAGGACGGGGCCUUUCGGCCUGACACGCUUCCCUUCGCGGCCUCAUUCUCCGGUACGAAUCCUGGUCCUCAGUGGAUCCGCCGACGACAGGGUGAACCCCAGGCUGACGCAGUUCAUCAGGGAUUCGCCGCCGCGGAUCAGGGGCGAGUGGCACCUCGGCCAGGCGGCGGAGCCGGAAGACCAGGGCCUGACGGCCGAGGAGUUCAAGAAGGCCAUGGGCAAGCUCAGGAAGCAGGUGUACAGCCCUCCCUACCCCCCGCGGAGGGCGUGGAAGCGCGGCCUCUUCAGCAGGAGGACCGACACCGGCGCCGACGACGCGGAGGAGGAAGACGGCAAGGACUGCACCAUUUGCUUGGAGGCGUUCCUGCCGACCGACCAAGUCCUGGUGACGCCAUGCAACCACAUGUUCCACAACGACUGCUUGGUGCCGUGGGUGAAGAGCCAGGGGAAGUGCCCGGUGUGCAGGUUUGUGCUCUGCGAGAGGAAGGAGGGCGCACCGGUCAGAAGAAGCGACGGAGGCGCCAAUAGCAACUAUUUCCCUCGCAACGCGAGCGAUUUGGAUGACGAGGAGUUGCCUUUGGACCUCGUCACGCUCAUCAGGGCCAUGGAAGAGGCCUUCGGUUGGGUCAACUACGCCCGCGCAGCUUCUCACCGCUAGAAGAUGCUCCGAGCGAGCGACAUGAUGUGAGGUUGUGUUCUAGUGUUUACCAAGAAUCCAUCUGUAGUCUCUACUUGGUGGUUUGUGUCCGAGGCAGAUAAACCACCAUCUUAAGGAUACCUGACUGCCUCCUGGCGUGGGCAAUAGCUGUGGGUAUAGUAAUACUGCACUAGAAAUGAAACAACUAGCCUAAGCUCAUGCCAAGAAACAAAAGCAAUUACUAUGGUGCUUGAUCA